AUGAUCGGUAUGAAACGGGAGCUAAGAGGCCUCUGUCUAUUGAUCUUCGUCUCCACUGGGAUCACGGUGAUCAUGGAGCCAACCGAGGAUCCCGUGUUGAACGUUGACGAUCCAGCUAGCUUCACCGAGGCUUUCGGUAGCUGCCUGACCAGAAAAGAGUUCGGUACUCUAGAAUGCGUUAACAGGGGGGCUCUGAGCGCUCUACAGUCGUUCAAUCAGGAAGACGAUCUGGAAUUCGGAGAGGCUCAUCUGGAGAGGGCUGACGGCUAUGGUAGGGAUCUAUUGGAUUGGGACUACGAUCCCAAAGAUUUCGGGAGUAUCGUGACAGCAGCGACCAGGUUAAUGGAACGUAGAAGCCUGAAGUGGAAUCUGGAUAACCUGUAUCCUGGUCUCCAGCUACGGGCUGGACCCAUGCUGAACGGAAAUGGUAUUCUAGAGUUCGUGAUGAACGACAGGCCAACGGUAUUCGCCGAUAGACAGGCUGGCCCAGGAAGACAGGUGAUGAGGCAAUUGCUAUUGCCCUUCCUUCUAGGGUUUAAGUUCAACCUAGCCUCGCUGAUUCCACUGCUAUUCGGAUUCCUUCUGUUGCUGACGAAGAAAGCAUUGAUUCUGACCAAGAUAGCUCUGUUCAUCAGCGGUUUGCUGGGCUGGAAUUCUUUAUUUUCUACAGCCACGACAUCCUAUCCGACAGGGGGAUUCAAUGGCUUACAUACGUAUGGCCAAGAGUCUUCGAUCGGUGGAUAUCCUCAUUACGAUCAUCAUAAUUUCCAGCAUCGACCUUACAGAGGAUAUCAGACCGGUGACUUCGGGCCGUACACUCAACACGUGAUCAGGGAAGUCGUGGACGUGUACGAUAACGCGGAUGAUGCCAAGAAUAAGCGAAGUGGGAAGAACUUCGUUUGGAUGAAGUCCAGUUGA